UCCAGAGUCGGCUUUCUAUUCCGCAACAAAGCCUCCUUCACUCACGCUGCCAAGCUUACCCUAGUAAAACUGACUAUCCUACCGAUCCUCGACUUCGGCGAUGUCAUCUACAAAAUGGCUUCCAACACUCUACUCAGCAAACUGGAUGCAGUCUAUCACAGUGCCAUCCGUUUAGUCACUAAAGCACCUUAUACCACCCACCACUGCGACUUGUAUGCUCUAGUCGGCUGGCCCUCACUACAUAUUCGUCGCCAGACCCACUGGCUCCAGGUCAUCUACAAGUCCAUGCUAGGUAAAGCUCCGCCUUAUCUCAGCUCACUGGUCACGAUGGCAACACCCAUCCGUAGCACGCGCUCCAGCAGGUGUAUCUCACUGAUCAUCCCUAAAGCCAACACCUCAUUUGGCCGCCUUUCGUUCCAGUACUCUGCUGCCUGUGACUGGAACGAAUUGCAAAAACCGCUAAAGUUGGAGACUUUUAUCUCCCUAACCAACUUCAAACAUCAGCUAUCCGAGCAGCUAACCGAUCGCUGCAGCUGUACAUAGUCUAUAGGUAAAUAGCUCACCCUUUUUCACCUACCUCAUUCCCAUACUGUUUUUAUACUGUUUUUAUUUAUUUACUUUUCUGCUCUUUUGCACACCAAUAUCUCUACCUGUACAUGCCCAUCUGAUCAUUUAUCACUCCAGUGUUAAUCUGCAAAAUUGUAUUAUUCGCCUACCUCCUCAUGCCUUUUGCACACAUUGUAUAUAGACUGCCCAUUUUUUUCUACUGUGUUAUUGACUUGCUAAUUGUUUACUCCAUGUGUAACUCUGUGUUGUCUGUUCACACUGCUAUGCUUUAUCUUGGCCAGGUCGCAGUUGCAAAUGAGAACUUGUUCUCAACUAGCCUACCUGGUUAAAUAAAGGUGAAAUAAAAAAAUAAAAUAAAAUAGCAUUGGCACAUGCUAGUUGGAAACUUAGCUAGAUAGCGAAACCAUUUGAGCAUGAUAACAGUCACCUAUGCUAUGAUGUUGAUAGUUACCAAUGUAUUGUUUGGGUCAUGUUUAUCCUUGUUGGUGUGAUUGAGCUGGAAGUAUGUAAUCGUAAUGUUACAAACUUGAACCCAUUAGAAAUGUGUGAUUUAGCGUUAGCAUUGUUGUUUACAAACAUAACAAUGUAUAUCUUCUAGCUGUUAAAAAGCCAUUUAGCUCCUUGUCAGAUUAAUCUAAUGUCGUUAGAAUAACAACUAUUGCUUGUAGCGACAUUUUAAUUGGAGUGGGUAGCUUCAAUACAAUUCUUCCUGUGUAACUUGAUUCGAGGAUCAACAUGCUUUGCAAUCAAUUAAAACCCUUUCAGCGACAUAGUUAUUGUCUUGCGUUUCUUUUGGCACAGGCAGAUAGAUCUCUUCUCAGUCUUGUCCAGCGCUCUUGUUUUGGUGCUGCAGAAUCACGUGUACUUAUCAUUGACGCGUGUGUGGAUAUAUUGUUUUGUGCUUGUACAGUGUACUGCAGUUUAACUGAAAAUGCCCUUUGGUGUAACCAGCCUUGUAGUGCUGAGCGACGGAUAGCCUAUACGAAUCCGAGAGUGAAAGUCAGACUUUUGAAUAUGCUCAAUCUGAAUGUACAGUACCAGUCAAAAGUUUGGACACAUCUAGUCAUUCAAUAGUUUUUCUUCAUUUUUAAUAGUGAAGACAAACUAUGAAAUAAUACAUGGAAUCAAGGAGUAACCAAGUGUUUAACAAAUCAAAACAUGUUAUAUUUUAGAUUCUUCAAAAUAGCCACCCUUUGCUUUGAUGACAGCUUUGCACACUCUUGGCAAUGAAGGGGUCUGAAUACUUUCUGGAUGCACUGUAUCAAAAAAACUUCAGACAUUCCCUUUCUCUUGUGACCUUUGAGAUAUGAGUUAUGACCUUGCCAUGUCUGACAGGAGAAUGACGAUGAAGGUCAUGACUGAGACUACACACAGGCAUAGACUCUAAAGUCACAGCCUUCCUCCAUAAGAAGGAAGCACCACCUAGCUCUCUGGACUGGAGUUGUUGGUGUUUUCUCUGCCAGAUAGCCCAACAGGGCAACACGUCUGAUACUGUGUCUUCUGUAUAUGGCACGUUGGCCUAGUAGUUCGACAUAGUGAAUUGUAUUGGAAUGUUUUAAGGUCCAUUUUAAAACUAUUGGCCUAUAUUCAAGUGCUUUGCCUCAACACUUAUUGUUCUAAAAAGUGUAGGCCAAGUUAUUUACUUGAUCUCAAUGAUGGGAUGGCUGGAAGUGUGCCUUUUUUAUGUUGCUUGGACUGAUGUGCGGUACACGAGAAUGAUUACACCGUCCAUCUAAGCAGUGAAGUGUAACUGGAUCUGUGGACGGUUGGCUGAGAAUCCGGCUGUUAUCAUGUUACCCUGGAGACGCAUACAAUCCCAUUCAUAACACCGUCCCUUUGUUUUGUAAUUGUGGAAGUAGGCUGUACUGGCUGAACUAUGGUGAUUAUAUCCCUCUAUUAAAACAUUUUAGAUUUUUCUUUUUCUCAUUUUGUCUGUCAUAGUUGAAGUGCACCUAUGAUGAAAAUUACAGGCCUCAUCUUUUUAAGUGGGAGAACUUGCACAAUUGGUGGCUGAUUAAAUACUUUUUUGCUCCACUGUACGUACACAUAUACAUACAUACAUACAUACAUACAUACAUACAUACAUACAUACAUACAUACAUACAUACAUACAUACAUACAUACAUACAUACAUACAUACAGUUGAAGUCGGAUGUUUACAUACAUACACUUAGGUUGGAGUCAUUAAAACUCAUUUUUCAACCACUCCACAAAUUUCAACCACUCAACGAGUCCUAUAUCAACAUAACCUGAAAGGCCGGUCAGCAAGGAAGAAGCCACUGCUCCAAAACUGCCAUAAAAUAGCCGGACUACGGUUUGCAACUGCACAUGGGGACAAAGAUUGUACUUUUUGGAGAAAUGUCCUCUGGUCUGAUGAAUCAAAAAUAGAACUGUUUGGCCAUAAUGACCAUCGUUAUGUUUGGAGGAAAAAGAGAGAGGCUUGCAAGCCUAAGAACACCAUCUCAACGGUGAAGCACGGGGGUGGCAGCAUCAUGUUGUGGGGGUUCUUUGCUGCAGGAGGGACUAGUGAACUUUACAAAAUAGAUGGCAUCAUGAGGCUGGAAAAUGAUGUGGAUAUAUUGAAGCAACAUCUCAAGACAUCAGUCAGGAAGUAUAAUCUUGUUCGUAAAUGGGUCUUCCAAAUGGACAAUGACCCCAAGCAUACUUCCAAAGUUGUGGAAAAAUGGCUUAAGGGCAACAAAGUCAAGGUAUUGGAGUGGCCACCACAAAGUCAUGACCUCAAUCCUUUAGAAAGUUUGUAGGCAGAACUGAGUGCGAGCAAGGAGGCCUACAAACCUGACUCAGUUACACCAGCUCUGUCAGGAGGAAUGGGACAAAAUUCACCCAACUUAUUUUGGAAAGCUUGUGGAAGGCUACCUGAAAUGUUUGACCAAAGUUAAACAAUUUAAAGGAAAUACUACCAAAUACUAAUUGAUUGUAUGUAAACUUCUGACCCACUGGGAAUGUGAUGAAAGAAAUCAAAUCUGAAACAAAUCAUUAUCUAUACUAUUAUUCUGACAUUUCACAUUAUUAAAAUAAGGUGGUGAUCCUAACUGACCAGGAGUUGUGAAAAACGAAGUUUAAAUGUAUUUGGCUAAGGUGUAUGUAAACUUCCAACUUCAACUGUACAUACAUGCAUGACUGCUGUGCCUGUCUGCAGCGCUAUCCCACCAUGCCUGGGAGUGACGAGCGGCCCACCUCCAUGUCCACCACUGGCAGCGAGGACGCCAGCAGCGACGCAGAGUCGUCAUCGGACCGCUGCAACAGCAUCACGUCUGCCAGCGACUUUGACUGCUCCCGCAGCAAGCACAGCUCGCCCUCCUCCAGCCCGCCCAAAACUAUAACACUGGAUGAUGUCAUGUCUGCUGCCCGGGACCUGUCCAACCUGACCCUGGCCCACGAGAUCAUUGUCAACCGUGACUUCCAUGUGGAGCAGCCCCACCUACCUCAGAACAGUUUGGAGAAGCAAGUCAAAGAUAUAGUUCACAAGGCGUUCUGGGAUAGCCUGGAGUCUGAGCUGAAUGAUGACCCACCAGAGUAUGAGCACACCAUCAAACUGCUGGAGGAGAUCAGAGAGAUCCUGUUGUCGUUCCUGAGCCCGGGAGCCAAUCGGUUACGGACUCAGAUCCUGGAGGUGCUGGACAUGGAUCUGAUUCGCCAGCAGGCGGACAAGGAAGCGGUGGACAUACACGGCCUGGCCUCUUACAUCAUCACCAUCAUGGGCAAGCUGUGUGCCCCCGUCCGUGAUGAUGAGGUCAAGAAGCUCCGUGAGAGCCCCGACAAUGUUGCGUCAAUGUACAAGUACGUUUGGGGAGAUCUGAUGAAGAUGGACAUGGUGAACUUUACCAUCCAGAGCCUGCGGCCCGAUCUGCAGAGGCAGUCAGUGGAGUAUGAGAGGGCCAAGUUCCAGAGCAUUGUGGAGAAGACUCCCAAACUUCCUCAGGUGCAUUGGACCAUCUCGGGGCUGCUAAAGGCCGUGGCCUCCGUACUGCUCAUUGUCUACAGCGCCAUCGGAGGGCCCAUCUCGGGGCUGCCCGCACUGGCCGAGCGCCUCAAGAGGAUGACUAGCGUGCUCCUGGAGGGCAUGCACAGCCCGGACUUUAACCUGUCAGAGGCUCUGGGGAACGUCAGUGGUCAGAUCUGCUGUGAGCUCAACAAGUCCCUGACUGAGAGGAACUACCCAGCCUUGCCCCCAGAACUCCAGGUCACACUCAAGGGCCAGAUCACCAGCAUCACCCAGGAAAACAACCCUAUCCGCAGUCUUGUGGGGAGGGUCCAGCAGUACUUCCGGGUGCUCCUCGCCACGCCCAACUCUCACGUGAAUCCGCCCCCGACGCCCGGAGGCCUGGCCCUGAUCCAACCAGAGCUCACCUCCUUGGCGGUCACCUUCGUCAGCCUGGUCAACUUCAACAAGCAGGUCUACAGCCCCUUCAACAUGAUGAUCCUCAAGACCCUGCUCUUCAGUAACGCGGCGCCUCCACCGGCAGCCACCGCACCUCAGGACCCCAGUAUACAGAACCCUGUGAACUCCAACUAGGACCGCCACCUACCUACCGAGCCAGGAGCAAUACAAAGCUGGAGCUGACAACACCUUAUUUGAAAAGGGGAGAAGAAAGGAAUGACUUAGCAGCUACCUAAAUCCACCCCCCCAGUGGUCGUUCUGAUUCCUUGAGGAUGCAAUCGCCCCCCCAUCCCUAACCGUCCUUCCCUUAGGCUUUAGAUGAAGUAGUAUCACAUCUACCUUUUGUCUAGAACGUCGGGGUACGUGCAUUAGAGGUGCGUCAGGAAAAUGACAACAAGCAAUUGUGGUGCACGUCCAAGCUUUGACUAAUCCACCUCCCACUGUCGUUUAUUGCGACAUCCGCUUUGUGACACCUGACCUGUUCGUGAGAUUUUGUGUAGAUUCAUACCUAAAAAUGGACCCUAGUGUUUUGUGUGAGGAAUCUUUCCCAAUGUCCUUUUGAAUUAGAUCCGGGUACGUUGUGAAUCUGCGCUGGCAUGGAAGGGAGUGCUCGACAUCCAUUCUUCUGUUGUUAUUUUGGAGGGUAUCAUCGGAUAAGGGUAGAAUGUUCAUGAAGUGCUACUGUUACAAAGAACAUUUAUACACGUUUCAUCGACUUUAUGACAAAAGGGAAAGGCCUAUAUAUUUAGAAUCAUGUCGACCAUUUUUAUAACAUCACAUUUCGUAUGCUUUAUGCUGUGCAGAGCGUAGGUUAAAUAAGGUUGAUCUAUAACUGUUUGUUACACGUUGACAAAUCCAGAAGACAAAAUGCUAUAUUAUUCAUGCCAUUAGCUUAUUCAUUGACGUGCCACCAUUUGAAUAGAAAUAUAAAAAGUUGUUUUUUAACUUAUGUCGGCUUGUGAUAACUCGCCAUUAAACUGGUUAGGGCUCGGGAAAUGUCAUCUUGAAUGAAAACAAGAGACUUGUUUUAAUUGUUGCUUUCCAACAUGUCGAAGACAUGUUUAAAUCACUUGAGCUAAAUUAGGAGACUUAAUUAAUAUAUAUAACUUUGUUGGGGCGGGGGGCCCUGAUUAAUUGAUAUGAUUAUGGAAUCACUAAAUCUGAUGGAUUCUGAUCUUUGACCUUUUGGAGAUGUUUUAUUUUGUGUUAACAUUCGUUGGAAAAUGUUUUGUAUGUUAGACCUUGCAUAGUAUUCAGUCAUUUUGUUGGGUUGUUUGAAUGUGUUGACUUAAUGUAGAUUUUUGUUUUGUUAUUUUGUGUCAGUGGAUUUAUAAAGUUGGUUGCUUUAUAUCUUCAAGGUACCAGUAUUAGUUGUCCUUCUAUACCUAUAUUUCCCUAAAAGCUAUCCAACAGCUGUAUGUUUCUGGACAUUUUAUGUAAUAUCUAUCUUUUGGUUUAGAACUCAAGUCAUGAGAGGUGCUGAAGGUGUUUUGAAAUGUAUAAAACUUCCCACAAUGGAAAUUUUUGACGCAGAAUAAACAUUGUAUGUUGUUAGCUUUUAAAAUUCACUUGAAUAAAUACAUUUUUAUCUUCUCAUGUAACGCAGCUAUAAUACAAUAAACUCUCAUGCAGU